AAGUGAGGUUAGGUUUUGUUUUGAUUCAUCACUAGUUUUGCAAUUCAAGUUGUCAAAAUGUCCGCAGAGUGACAUUCAACAUCGCGCUGAAGCAGGAAGCAAAUAACCUAAAAAUCCCUGAAGUUCUUGUACUGUCUUCCCUUCAUCUCAAUUUUUUACGUCAAUAUGUCCUAAUCGAAGAUAUUUUUCUACACGCCGUUUAUUUAUUCUUAGGAAAUCGACAUUGUAAUGAUUUUAAGGUGAAAUCUCGUCGAUUUAGAAAAUGAAUAAGACUCACCCAAUAAAUAGUAAAGUUGAUAAGUGUCCUUCAACUUUAGGUGAUGAUAAGGUUAAAGACGUAUCAAACAAGUGCAUUUUAAACGAGAAACCACUAGAACUAAAGAACGGGCUUGUAAAUGGAAUAGUCAAUGUUAAUAAUUCUUCUGGAACAAAGAAAAAUGCCAAGAAAAAAAGGAAUACUCAUCAUAUAUUAGAUGGUGUACAUAUUCAUGAAACAGAUGAGAACUGCAUUGUCAAUGAGAAGGUAAACCAAAGCAAAUCGGAUGACAUUCUAAAUGAAGAUGUAAAUAUUAUAGAUAAAGCUCUAAAGGAUGCUCAACCAGGUUCAAGUGAAGUGGAUAUCAGUGAUUUAGAUAGUUUGAAAAACAUUAGUUUAGAGAGUAAAAAUGAAAGUGUAUCCUCAAUCGAAACUGAUAAUGCACUAGCUGUUAAGCCAAAAAUAGAUUUUAUACAAUAUGAAUCUGAAUUGCAGAUGCCAAUGAUAAUGAAGAUUAUUCAAAAGGAUCUGUCUGAACCUUAUUCCAUUUACACAUAUAGAUAUUUCAUUCACAAUUGGCCCAAACUUUGUUUCUUGGCAAUGUGUGAGGAUGAAUGUGUAGGAGCAAUAGUUUGUAAAUUAGAUAUACACCGUAAGGUCAUCAAAAGAGGCUAUAUCGCCAUGUUAGCGGUUGACCAGAAGUACCGCAAGCUCAGAAUCGGCUCUAAUCUCGUACAAAAGGCAAUUAAUGAAAUGCUUCUCGGCGAUGCUGAUGAGGUCGUGUUAGAGACAGAGGUUACCAACAAACCUGCUCUUCAGCUGUACGAAAAACUCGGAUUCGUCCGAGACAAACGACUCUUCAGGUACUACUUGAACGGCGUGGACGCUUUGAGACUCAAACUUUGGCUGAGAUGAGUCUCGGGAUCUGAUACUUACGAUUUCGUUUUUGUUCUAGGACCGUCGUACGAGUUCGAUAGGUACGGUUUCGUUAGAGGUUAGCAAAGUGGUUGGUUCUUAAGAAAUUUUAUUGCUGUUGAUGUUUUUUUUUUAUUUUCGAAAUGUUUCUUCGGUUAUUUGGUUUAUUCAAUUGAGAAAUGUAUGUGGAAGUUUGAAAAUGUUCGUAUUGGAGUUACUUGUUUGCAGUAGUGUAAUCGAAACUGCAACAGGUACAAAAAAACUAAUGAUGAAUAAAAAAAACCAUUUAUUCAUAAACUAUGAUAGGUAAAUAUCAUGUAUUAUAAAUUACAAUUAAAUUCCUCGAUAAAUAUAGUGUUAUUUAG